AUGCGCUGGGGCUCUGUGCUGUCCCUCAGUGGGGCCGCCCUGGUGUUGCUGCUCCAGGGCCAGCCCGUCCUAUCAACUAUCGAGAUCCAGCCUACUUCCAUUGACUCGCUCACGGAGGCUGGUGAGACCCUCACCGACCCAAUGUGGGAGUUCUACCUGCAGAACCAGACUGAAGGCAUUCCCGGAAAGCUGACCGACACCUGGUAUGUCGCCGGUGCGAUGUUCAUGACCAUGAUCCAAUUCUGGCACGUGUCUGGCUACGACAAGCACAAUGAAGUCAUCUCGCAUGACAUGAUGUUCCAGUCCGGCAGAAACUUCGACUACUUUGACUCCAACUACAGUCAAUGGCUGGGUAACGAUGACCAAAUGUUCUGGGGUCUCGCUGCCAUCACCGCCUCGGAGACUGGUUUCCCAGAGGUCGAGGACAAGGAAAAGCCGACGUGGACCUCCCUGGCCCGCGCCGUCUUCACCAUGCAGAACGACCGCUGGGACACAGAGAAGUGCGACGGUGGCAUCACCUGGCAAAUCCACCCCUGGCAGGCCGGCUACACGCUGCGCAACUCCAUCUCAAACGGCGGGCUCUUCCAGCUCGCCGCCCGGCUGGGCCGCUUCACGCGCAACGACACUUAUAUCGAAGCGGCCGAGAAGAUCUGGGACUGGUCCGAAGCGUCGCCGCUCAUCCAGCCGAAGAGGAAUUGGUUCGUUGCCGAUUCCACCUCGGGCGACAACAACUGCAAGGACAGCGGCGACAUGCAAUGGUCCUACAACUACGGCACCUACCUUGCCGGUGCCGCUUACAUGUACAACUACACCGAAGACGCCAAAUGGCGCAAGCGCACAGAAGGUCUCCUCGGCCGACUGACCACAGACUUCUUCCCGAAGCAAUACGACGGCAAAAUCUUCUCCGACUACGCGUGCGAACCCAAACAAACCUGCGACCGCAACAUGCUCAACUUCAAGGGCUGGUCGGCGCAGUGGAUGGCCAUGGCCGCGACCCUAGUGCCCGAGCUGCGGCCGCAGGUCGAGGCCAAGAUGCAAAGUUCCGCCGUGGCAAUCGGCACCUCGUGCGUCGGCGAGUCCGAGGGUCUGAAGAACCUGUGCGGCUCGCGCUGGUGGGGCGCCAAGUGGGAUGGGAUCAAGGGGCUGGAGGUGCAGCAGGCCGCGCUCGGUGGGAUUACGGCGAAUCUGAUGCUGCUGAGUAGUGCGUCGGCGAAGACGAUUGACACGAAUCCCGAUGCGAAGGAGGAGUAUCUGGAUACGAGCGAGGACCCCAGCGGCGAGCUGAAGCCGAUUUCGACGGGGGAUCGCGUCGGCUCGUGGAUUCUGACUGUGCUUUGGGGGGCUGGAAUUGUGGCUGCUGGGUGGUGGUUGAUGAAGCAGCAGUAG